GCAGAGGCUGACCGGCUUCGCUCUCUGCCUGCACCCAGCAGGUUGGGUGUGAAUGGACCAGGCCUGGGAUGGAGCCCGCGGGCCUCGGCCGAGCACAGCCAGCAUCCAAGUGUGGGAGCUGAGCUCACAAGGCCUGCACAACCCCCAGCCUCGGAGCAAGGCCCCAGGCCGCCGUGGGCAUGGCCACAGCGAGCAGCUGGCGGAGGAGUGCCUGUCGCCCGCCAGGCUGCAGGCCCUGGCCCAGGUCGAUGACCUCCGACUGGUGAGCGUGCUGGAGAUGUGUGUCAACACCCGUGAGAACAGCCUGGGGAGCUUCGGGCUGCACCUGCCCAACCUCAGCCAGCUGAAGCUGAACGGCAGCUGCCUGGGCUCCCUGAGGGACCUGGGCACCUCUCUGGGCCGCCUGCAGGUGCUCUGGCUGGCCCGCUGCGGCCUGGCCGACCUGGAUGGCAUCAGCUCCUUUCCUGCCCUGAAGGAGCUCUACGUCUCCUACAACAACAUCUGGGACCUGAGCCCGCUGUGCCUGCUGGAGCAGCUGGAGGUGCUGGACCUAGAAGGCAACUGCGUGGAGGACCCGGGGCAGCUGCGUUACCUGCAGCUGUGCCCGCGGCUGGCCACGCUCACCCUGGAGGGCAACCCACUCUGCCUGCGGCCAGGCUCUGGCUCAACCCACCAGGUGCCCCAGGGCUACAACUACAGGGCAGAGGUCAGGAAGCUCAUCCCCCAGCUGCAGGUCCUGGACGAGCUGCCCGCCGCGCACACGGGCCUGCUGGCCUCUCGGAAGCUGGACCAGGACUGGCUCCUGGUGAAGGAGGCCAUCAAGGAAGGCUGCACCCUAGACAGCCUGCUCCCCAGGCCCGGUACACGCAGCCGCGCCCAGGGGCCUCGGGCUGGGGCCACCCCGCCCGCCCUGCGGACCACCCCUGAUAGCCCCAGGAGGGGCCGCACCCCGCUGGGGGGACUCCUGGCUGACCAACUGGCGUGCGCCUUGGUGAUCUCUGAUUUUGACCCUUGGGCAGAUCGAACCCACUGCUCCCCUGAGCUGUGCCUGCCUGAGACCCAGCCCCGGGCCCCCAGGCGCUGGCCUCUCUCCCUGCUGGUUCCUGGGGUGCCCCUGCCUGAAGGCCUCCUUCCCAAGGGCCCAGCCCCAGAGGAUGACGCCAGCAACCUCACCCACGGCGCCGGCCGGGUCCUCUGUGGGAAUCCCACCAAAGGCCUGCGGGAGCAUCAGCACCGGCGCCAGGCUGGGGUGCACCCAGAGAAGCUGCCCUCUCCCAGGCCAGAAGAGCUGGCCCCCAGGGCCUCCGCCUCAAGGCCUGACCCUGCCGACGAUCGCGACCUCCUGGCCUGGGCUGGGCUUCAGGCUUUGAGGGAGCUGCGCCUUCGGUGGGUGCCCCCUGCCCCACACCCCAGCCCUGCCACCCUAUGUGCUCUGAUUGGGGUAGGGGGGCGGGGCUUGUGGCUGGGACCUGCCUUGGCUGAGUGGUUCCCGGUCCCUGGGUGGCUGGAGGGUCAGGUCACGGGAGCCCAAGGCUGCCCCAAGUCACACUCCUCUGGGAUCUGCUCCAAAGGAGGAGCAGGCUGCAACCUCCCCCGCCCACACCCCAGCCCCCUUCCCAGUAGGUGCCCAGAGUCCUGGGAGGAGAGGGCCACAGCCCCCUGGGGCCCACAGAGGGGCCCUGAAGAGCAAGAGGACAAGGCUGGGCCCAAGCCUCACCGCAGCCCCCUAAGCCUGGCCCCAGGUAGCCUGCCCCACAGAGCCAGCACCGCUGGGCUGAGUGCUGUCUUUCCUCCUUUCCCAGAGUCUUCCAGGACCUCGGGGUACAACCUGAUCCCCUGUCCCCCCAAGUCCUUCAUGCCAGACCAGGGCCGCAACUCCUGGGGGUCCGCAGAUCUACAGUUCCGGGGGCGUAGGCUCAGAACCCUGGGUAGUUUGGGGCCUGGCCUGGGUCAGGGGCUGGCUCCAGUGACUGCUCUGAGAGCCCAAGAAUUGACCUCGGGCCCCAGUCCUCAAGCAGAGGGAUGUCCAGGCCCAAAGCCAGCCCCAGACUCAGCAGCCAGACCCCCAGCCUCCGGUGCAUGCCGCACCUGACACUCACCACCCCAGCCCGACCCCACCCUCGUGUACACCCCUACCCACUGCCAGGCCGGCCUGCCUAGUGGCCAAGGGCCCCAGGGCAAUUGUGGAAGGCCCAGCGUGCACUCCGGCCUCACAGAAUGCAGAGCGCCUGGGCAAGCAUGCUUGGAGGGGAGAAGUGGGCCUGGUACAGGAGAGGACCCUCUUGGUGGAGGGAAGUCAGGAGCUGGGACCACCAAGGGGGGAAGAGGUUGAGCCCAGGAGAGAACGCACAAGUCCCCACCACUGGCCCAGCCGCCCACCUCUUCCAUGAGGCCUGGCCUUCCCUGAGGAGCAGGCCUGAGAGAAAGCAGGUUGGGCCCUGGCCAAGGUGGCUGGAACGGGGCCCUGGCCAGCCCUUGGCCAGCCCACCAGGGCUCUAAGCCACCCUCGGGCUGCUGCGGUCCCAAGUAGAGGCACUUGCCGCCGGCCAACCCUGGUGGAC